UUGUAUUUGAUGCUUCAGCUAAAACCGAUAAAGGUAUCUCCUUGAAUGAAGUCUUACUAACAGGGCCUACUAUACAAGAUAAUCUUUUCACCAUUCUCUUACGUUUUCGCACUUUUGUCUAUGCUAUGACUUCUGAUAUCGCUCAAAUGUAUCGACAAAUUUGCAUACAUCCGGAUCAUCAUAAAUUUCAACGAAUCCUUUAUUAUCAUAAUGACAAAAUUAGUACCUUUGAACUUAAACGAGUUACAUUUGGGGUUUCUGCAGCUCCAUUUCUAGCUAUACGCACUGUAAAUCAACUUGCUGAUGACGAAUCUCAUAAUUUUCCUGUAGCUUCAAAAAUAUUAAAACGAGAUCUUUAUGUCGACAACUUAUUAACCGGAUCCAAUUCUUUGACCGAAAUUUUAAAUUUGCGUGACGAAAUCAUUCAACUAGUGCGAAAGGGUGGAUUUGAACUCAGACAAUGGGCUUCGAAUCACCGACACGCACUGGAUAAUUUCGAUCAAAGAACCUUAGAUUUAGAUUGUGCUAUUAAUGAUGAUCCUAUCUCUAAAACUUACAGUCAAAUCAAACGAUUCAUCACGAAAAAUAACUAAACGAACCAUUUUAUCUGACAUUGCAAAAAUUUUCGAUCCUAUCGGAAUUAUAGGUCCAAUUGUAUUAGCUGCAAAAACCAUCAUUCAAGAAUGUUGGAAAUUAAAAGUCCAUUGGGAUGAAACGGUCUCACAAGAAUUGCAUUUGCGCUGGUGUAAAUUUGCUGAACAAUUACCCCUAAUCAAAGACUUUUCUGUUGAACGAAAUAUUUUAAUUCCUGAUCCGACUGACAUACAAUUGCAUGGAUUUUGUGAUGCUAGUAGAGUAGGCUAUGGUGCUUGCAUUUAUAUAAGAUCAGUGAAUAAACAUGGAGACGUAAUCGUGAAAUUAGUUUGUUCCAAAUCUCGAGUUGCUCCCAUUAAAGAUGUUACAAUUCCAAAAUUAGAGUUAUGUGGAGCAUUAUUACUUGCUAAAUUAUAUAAAGACACAAUUCCUUCAUUUAACGUUGACAUAUCUAAAAUCACAUUUUGGUCUGAUUCAACUAUUGUACUUCAAUGGCUCAAACGAUCUCCCAGCACUCUCAAGGUCUUUGAAGCGAAUCGCGUUACACAAAUUCAAACCCUUUGCAGUAAAAUUGAAUGGCGACAUGUCAGAACCAAGGAUAACCCGGCAGAUUGCUUAUCUAGAGGUCAACUUCCUUCUGAAUUUCUAAAUAACAAAAUGUGGUUGAUAGGUCCUACGUGGCUAUCACAGGAUCCUCUCAAUUGGCCUAACUUAAAGCCGGCAGUUCUUUCUGAACUUCCUGGUGUUCGAAAAAUUACUUGUUUACUAGCUUCCACUGACAAUUUGUUUAAACGGUUUUCAUCAUAUUCUAAACUUAUAAAUUCUUUUUCCUAUUGUUUACGAAUGUUAAAAGAUAAUCCAUUCAAACACAAACCUUUAAACGUAGAAGAAAAAUUAUUAACUGAAAUUAAAAUCUUAACUCUGAUUCAAAACGAACAAUAUCAUGAUGAAAUCAAACAAAUUAAAGAAACCGGAGAGACUAAAAAUCUACGAUUACGAUGCCUUAAUCCAUUUAUUGAUUCAAACGGAUUAUUGAGAGUGGGAGGCCGUUUGAAACAUGCUCCUAUAUCCUUUUCGAAAAAACAUCCUAUUUUAUUACCUUCACGUCAUUAUGUUACUGAUCUAAUUAUUAGAGAAACUCAUGAAAGUUUGUAUCAUUCGGGUAUACAAAGUACACUUUCAAAUCUUAGACAUAAGUUUUGGCUGCUAGAUGGCAAAAAUCAAGUACGUAAAAUCAUUAGACAUUGCGUUAAAUGCAUUCGAUAUCAACCAAUUCUCUUACAAAGUAAAAUGGCCGAUUUGCCUAGUUCUAGAGUCUCGGAAUCUCCGCCAUUUUCUCACGUAGGAAUUGAUUAUUUUGGACCUCUCUUUAUCAAGGAACGUAAAUUUCGAAACAGAGCUAAAGUCAAGGUCUACGGAUGUGUUUUUGUUUGCAUGGCUACUAAGGCUGUACAUUUAGAAAUCGUAAGUGACUUAACUACCGAGGGUUCCUUAGGAGCUUUCGGACGUUUUAUUGGUAGAAGAGGGGUUCCAUCUCAUGUAUAUUCUGAUAAUGGUACCAAUUUUGUGGGUGCAAAUAAUCAAUUAAUAGAACUUUACCAACUAUUCAACUCUAAGUCCCAUCAGGACAUUGUUAACAACUAUGCAAUAAAGAAAAACAUUGUCUGGAAAUUCAAUCCACCUUUAUCUCCUCAUUUCGGGGGUAUCUGGGAGGCGGCAGUCAAGUCAUUUAAACACCAUUUUAAACGAGUAGUGAAAGAACAACUUUUAACAUUUGAAGAAUUAAAUUCUCUGGCUAUACUAAUUGAAUCUAUAUUAAAUUCUCGUCCUUUAUGUUCAUUGUCAAGUGAUCCUAAUGAUCCUAUUGCUUUAACUCCUGCACACAUUUUAAUAGGUCGUCCUCUCACUAUGCUACCUGAAAAUGAUUUUUCUGACGUUCCAGAUAAUAGACUAAGCUCAUGGCAAUUUACUGUCAAGGCGCGACAAGAUUUCUGGAAACGCUGGUAUUUGGAAUACCUUCAUGAGUUGCAGACCAGGCAAAAAUGGGACUCCAAUCGAGGGGAUAUUAAAGUCAAUCAAAUUGUCUUACUGAUGGACAAAAACCAACCCUGUAUGCGGUGGCAGCUGGGAGUAGUGAUCGAGAUUCAUCCAGGAGAGGAUAACAUAACACGAGUGGCUUCAAUUCGAACAGCUCAAGGCAUAUAUAAACGGAAUAUUACUCUGUUAUGUCCAUUACCAAUCAAUUCUUAA